AUGGAUACCUUAUACCUCUACUGGAUAUACCUUCUUAUGUUAGUAGUUGCACCGCCCAUUCCACUUGAAUUGUUCUAUUUUGGCAAUCUCCUCCAGAAAAAACUGCAAAGAAAAACAAGCGAAACAAAAAGUAGGCAUGUUGCAGGCGAAAUACUGGAUGAAUCAAAAGAAAAACUGUGGAGCUGGGCGGAUGACUCAGUGCAGAAAGUUAUUCGUCGAGAAAUUACCUACGUGACUCCUCGUCAUCAACGAAAAGGCAUCGCCGACUACCUGCUCCAUCUCGGACUCAAUUUUCAGGAUUUAAAGGGGCAAGGUUUUCAUGGGAUAACGUCCGAAGCGUCAUCAUUGGCGAAUCAGAAGCUGCUCGCAAAACACGGCUAUAUUUGUAUCGGUAAAUCAGAGUACAACCUUCAAAUGCAUGAUGGUAACGACGGUGUGAAAGUGUACUUUAAGGAUUUGAGAUAUUAG